AUGAGCCAAGAAAAACGUACAAUCAAAGUCUUUUCUGAUAACGAACUUAGUUGCAGUGAUAGGCAUGCACAAUCUAAUAUGAAUGCUGCCAUAAAGAAGAUAAGGAAGCCCGCAAAGAAGAGAGGAAGAAUCAAUGUUAAUGCUUGUCAUCGCUGUAGACGAGAUAAGAAGAAAUGCGACGGAAAUUACUCCACAAAGGAACCUUGUAGGUACUGUCGUCACCAUAAGACGGAAUGUACUUAUCCUGAACCAGGAAGGAAGAGAGUAAAGAUCAUUCAACCUAACGUUGAAGAUGAGAAAGUCAAAGAGACAAAAAAGAUGAAGAAGGAGGAUAUCAGAAAAAGCUCAAUGAAUGAAUUGUACGAACGCAUGAUUAAAGUUGAAGAAAAUUUAGUUGACAUGACUGAACUUCUGGUUAACGUUCGUCAGUCAACUCCGGAUAUUUCAGAAAUUAUACAACAACUUUUCUUUCGUCUCUUGGCAAAAGAAUCUACCACAAAUGAACAAACGAUAAUUUUACGUAGAUUAUGGUCGUUAAUCACAAAAAUAAUGAACUAUCCCACAUUCAAUGAAGAAUUUGGUCAUGCAUUUUAUAAUAGAUUACAAUUACUUGAAAGUGAUCAGGAAGAAAUUAGAUCGUUAAUGUGGAAAGAGGUUCAAAAUUAUGUUAACGGGUGCGAAGACACGGGCAGCGCCCGUGAAAGUGAAUCAUUAUUAACAACACCAACCUUUGUUUCUCCAUACGCUGUACCACAUCAAUCACAACCCACCUCACCCAUUCCACCUGAAUUUGAUAACAAUGAUGAUCUUUUUGCAGACUUGUCGUUUGAUUAUUCUACUUUAAAUGUUACAGACGAUCCUUUUAUCGCACCAAUUGUGCCUUCUCAACCUAGUCCAAUUUUACAGGCUAAAUUUUUAAAUAACCAUCAAAAUUUAGAACAAAAAGAUUACCAAGAAUGUGGAAAUCUUUUGCUUUCACCAUCAAUAUUCUCAAAUGAAGACAUUUGGCCAGAAACUACUGAUAUCAUUGAUAAUACAUUUAGCGAAAAUAAUUAUCUCAUCUCACCAAAUUUGCUACCAUAUAUCGAUUCGUCCCCAUUUUCAACGAAUUCGUCUCAUAAUAACACACCAAACAUUGAAAAGGAAAUGGGAUAUUUUCAACAAUUAACGAGUGAAGAAACAAAUUUCCUACAUUUCCAGUCAACGAUGACAUCACCUUCGUUUUCGAAUGAAUCACCUCAUGAAAUCGAAUUUCAUUUUAACCAACUUUGA